AUGGGAUCGAUUCCCGAUGCCAAUGGCACAACAGUCAUCGGCGACAUCAAAAUGACUCCGCGACCAAGUCCAAUCGCUCUUGCCCAUGUAGUCCUGCGGACUACACCGGCCAACUACCGCAAAAUGGUCACGUUCUACCAGGAGCUCCUGAAUGGAGAGAUCAUCCUUGAGGAGAAGACUUUUGCAUUCCUCCGUUAUGACUAUGAACACCACCGAGUCGGUAUUCUGAUGACGCCUGAAACAGAACCAAAAGAGGGUGACCGCGCCGGGCUUGAACAUGUUUCCUUCACCUUUGCAACCCCAACAGCGAUGGCAAGGGUCUACCAACACCUCAAAAGCAUAGGGUAUGAGCCCUACUGGGCAGUCAAUCACGGAAUGACCAGCAGCAUGUAUUACCGCGAUCCGGAACGUAACAAGGUCGAGAUACAAAUCGAGAAUUUUGACACCCCGGAAGAAGCGGACGCUUUCGUCAGAGGUCCACUAUUCACGGCGAAUCCAGUCGGGGCAGACAUCGAUCCUCCUUCUUGGGCCGAGCGAAUUCUGAGCAAGAUGAAGCCAAAUGGAGAAGAGGGCCUUACGGAGGAAGAAAUCAGGGGCAUUAAGACCAGAAAAGAGAUUGGCCCCAGACAUGAAAUCCCAUGGGUUGCACUUGCGCCAUGA